AUGUCUAUAAAUUGCUUUCGAACAGCGAAGGCACCGCUCCAAACAUUUGCAUCAGUAGCAUCGAUUUCGAGACACAGAGAGUUAUCGAAUCGUCUCGUUUCUGUAUUCGGAAGCAAGUCGUCUCCUUUGUUUGUUACUCUCAGAGUAGUUUCAUCAAUGGCUUACGAGAAAGAGCUUGAUGCUGCUAAGAAAGCUGCUUCACUUGCAGCUCGUCUCUGUCAGAAAGUUCAAAAGGCUCUGUUGCAAUCAGAUGUUCAAUCAAAAUCUGAUAAAAGUCCAGUGACCGUUGCUGAUUAUGGUUCACAAGCAGUGGUUAGUUUAGUCCUAGAAAAGGAACUUAGUUCGGAACCUUUAUCAUUGGUGGCCGAGGAGGACUCGGGUGAUCUACGCAAGGAUAGUUCUCAGGAUAUUCUUGAGCGCAUCACGAAACUUGUGAACGACACUUUGGCUACCGAGGAAUCGUUUGGUGGUUCUACUUUAUCCACAGAUGAUCUACUCAGAACCAUUGACUGUGGCUCAUCUGAAGGUGGUCCAAAUGGUCGACAUUGGGUCUUGGAUCCUAUUGAUGGCACUAAAGGCUUUCUGAGGGGAGAUCAAUACGCGGUAGCACUAGGAUUACUCGAGGAAGGGAAAGUAGUUUUAGGUGUUCUUGCUUGUCCAAACUUGCCAUUAGCAUCCAUAGCAGGAAACAACAGUAGCAAGAACUCUUCAUCAAACAAAAUCGGAUGCCUCUUCUUUGCUACAAUUGGUUCAGGAACAUAUAUGCAGCUCCUAGAUUCGAAAUCUCCUCCCGUCAAAGUACAAGUCUCUAGUGUUGAGAAUCCUGAAGAAGCAUCGUUCUUCGAGUCAUUUGAAGGAGCACACUCUCUUCAUGAUUUAUCCAGCUCCAUCGCCAAUAAACUCGGUGUCAAAGCGCCACCUGUCCGUAUCGAUAGCCAAGCUAAGUAUGGAGCUUUAUCAAGAGGAGAUGGAGCUAUUUACUUACGGUUUCCUCAUAAAGGAUACCGCGAAAAGAUUUGGGACCAUGUCGCUGGUGCUAUAGUUGUCACAGAGGCGGGUGGAAUCGUGACUGAUGCAGCGGGAAAGCCACUGGAUUUCUCGAAAGGGAAGUAUCUUGAUUUGGACACAGGCAUUAUCGUUGCUAAUGAGAAGCUAAUGCCUCUGCUUUUGAAAGCUGUUCGUGACUCCAUAGCUGAGCAAGAGAAAGCUUCAGCUCUCUGA